AUGCUCAAGUUGGUUGCAUUCUGUGCCAUGCUGGUUGCUCUGCAGCUGGUCAGUGCUGAAAACUGCUGGCAGGAGCAUCCAGGUUACAGGUUCCCAAGCGAGUUAGUGGUACUCAUCCCAGACAAGACAGCCGUCAGAGACUGCAAGAUGGUCUGCCUGAAAACUGAGGGCUGCAGAUUCGUGGAUAUUGUCAAUGGCAAAUGUUACAUGCCCAAAUCCGUUAACAUUGACUGGAGUAAGAUAAUGGAGAACCAACCGAACGCCGUUCAUUAUUAUAACUGCCAGGAAGGUCCUAACGAUUUCUCAUAA